AUGGAGGAAAAGGAAGCCUACUCGACACCCCAGGGGAUGUUCGACAGCAGGGACGACACCGAUAGCACAGCUACCGUCCUGAACGAUGACCCCGCCAUCUCUGCUCGCGGCCCCAACGUCAGCCGCGCCGAGAACUGGGCCUUGAUGCCCGAAGUCAAGAGACAGCACGAACGCGACAUGCAAUCCGGGCUCAAGCCUCGCCAACUGGGUGUUACCUGGAAGGACUUGACUGUCGAAGUCGUCAGCGCCGAAGCCGCCGUAAACGAGAAUUUCCUGUCGCAGUUCAACGUUCCCCAGCACAUCAAGGAAUCCCGCAACAAGCCCGCUCUGCGGCAGAUCCUCCAAAAUAGCCACGGAUGUGUCAAGCCCGGUGAGAUGCUGUUGGUCUUGGGUCGCCCGGGCUCCGGCUGCACCACCCUCCUGAAAAUGCUCGCCAACCGUCGCCUCGGCUACAAUUCGAUACAAGGUGACGUCCACUACGGCUCGUUGACUGCCAAAGAGGCUGGCAACUACCGUGGUCAGAUCGUCAUCAACACUGAGGAAGAAGUCUUUUUCCCGACCCUGACUGUAGGUCAAACGAUGGACUUUGCGACUCGUCUCAAGGUCCCCUUCACUCUCCCCAACGGCGUGGAGUCGGCAGAGGCCUAUCGCCAGGAGGCCAAGGAGUUCUUGCUGAAGUCCAUGGGUAUCACGCAUACGAACGACACUAAGGUCGGUAACGAGUAUGUUCGAGGUGUCUCGGGUGGUGAGCGCAAGCGUGUCUCCAUUAUCGAAUGUCUUGCUACUCGCGGUUCGGUCUUCUGCUGGGACAACAGCACCCGUGGCUUGGACGCCAGCACUGCGUUGGAGUGGACUAAGGCCAUCCGGGCCAUGACGGACGUGCUCGGUCUGUCCACUAUUGUCACGCUCUACCAGGCUGGUAAUGGUAUCUAUGACUUGUUCGACAAGGUGCUUGUACUCGACGAAGGCAAGGAGAUCUACUAUGGUCCGAUGGAACAAGCGCGCCCAUUCAUGGAGGAUCUCGGCUUCGUUUGCCGCGAUGGUUCAAACGUGGCUGAUUACUUGACCGGUAUCACGGUUCCCACUGAACGCAAGAUCAGACCUGGCUACGAAAACCGCUUUCCUCGCAAUGCGGAGAUGGUCCUCGCCGAAUACGAGAAGUCGCCGAUCUACACUCAGAUGCACGCCGAAUACAACUACCCUGACACCGAUAUUGCUCGCGAGCGCACCGAGGACUUCAGAACCUCUGUCGCUCAGGAGAAGAACAAGAAGCUACCCAAGUCAAGCCCCCUAACAGUUGAUUUCAUAACCCAGGUCAAAACCUGUGUCACCCGGCAGUACCAAAUUCUGUGGGGUGAUAAGGCCACCUUUAUCAUCAAGCAGGUCUCCACCCUGGUCCAAGCCUUGAUUGCUGGCUCCUUGUUCUACAAUGCUCCCAACAACUCAGGCGGUCUCUUCGUCAAAUCCGGUGCUCUUUUCUUUUCGCUCUUGUACAACAGUCUGCUUGCCAUGGCAGAAGUGACCGACUCCUUUAAUGGUCGCCCUGUUUUGGUGAAGCACAAAGGCUUCGCCUACUUUCACCCGGCUGCAUUCUGCAUUGCCCAAAUCGCCGCCGAUAUUCCUGUGCUUCUCUUCCAGAUUAGUGUCUUUUCCCUUGUCGUCUACUUUAUGGUCGGCCUGACUAUGUCGGCCGGUGCUUUCUUUACCUACUGGAUUCUGGUUUUCACCGCCACCAUGGCCAUGACUGCCUUGUUCCGUGCUUGCGGUGCUGUCUUCAGUACCUUUGACGGUGCUUCCAAAGUGUCUGGCUUCCUCAUCUCUGCUUUGAUCAUGUACACUGGUUACAUGAUCAAGAAGCCCCAGAUGCACCCCUGGUUUGGUUGGAUCUACUGGAUCAACCCUCUGGCUUACGGCUUUGACGCACUGCUCUCGAACGAGUUCCACAACAAGAUUAUCCCAUGUGUGGGCGCUAAUUUGAUCCCCAAUGGUCCUGGCUACGAUGGCAGUAGUCCUCAGUCUUGCGCAGGUGUUGGUGGUGCCGUGCCCGGGCAGACCUAUGUUACGGGAGAUGCUUACCUCGCUUCCAUGUCGUACAACCACAGUCACGUGUGGCGCAACUUCGGUAUUCUCUGGGCUUGGUGGGCUCUGUUCGCAGCGGCCACCAUCAUCGCUACCACUCGUUGGAAGGCUCCUGGGGAGAAUGGCGCUUCCCUCCUGAUCCCGCGCGAAAGGCUCAACCAGCAUCACCAAGUCGCACGCCGUGAUGAGGAAUCCCAGGCUGUCGAAAAGGGCAAGACUCCCAGCGACGAAAGCUCUCAGAGCGAGGAAGACAUUGACAAGCAAUUGGUGCGGAACACCUCCGUUUUCACCUGGAAGGAUCUGAAAUACACCGUCAAGACCCCAACCGGCGAUAGAGUCCUCCUCGAUAAUGUCUACGGCUGGGUGAAGCCUGGUAUGCUGGGUGCCCUGAUGGGUUCCUCUGGUGCUGGUAAGACCACGCUUUUGGAUGUGCUGGCUCAGCGCAAAACCGAGGGUACCAUUCAUGGUUCCAUUAUGGUCGAUGGGCGCCCCCUUCCGGUCUCUUUCCAACGCUCCGCUGGUUACUGUGAACAGCUUGAUGUCCAUGAGCCUUUCGCCACUGUCCGUGAGGCGUUGGAGUUUUCGGCCUUGCUCCGUCAACCGCGCGAGGUGCCCCCCGAGGAGAAAUUGAAGUACGUCGACACUAUUAUUGAUCUUCUGGAACUGCAUGAUAUCGCCGAUACCUUGAUUGGCCGUGUUGGCGCUGGUUUAAGUGUGGAACAGCGCAAGCGCGUGACCAUCGGUGUUGAACUCGUUUCGAAGCCAAGCAUUCUCAUCUUCCUGGACGAGCCGACGUCUGGUUUGGAUGGUCAAUCAGCCUACAACACUGUUCGUUUCCUGCGGAAGCUUGCCGACAUCGGCCAGGCUGUCUUGGUGACUAUUCACCAGCCCUCUGCGCAGUUGUUCGCCGAAUUUGAUACCCUGUUGCUCUUGGCCAAGGGUGGAAAGAUGGUCUACUUCGGUGACAUUGGUGACAACGGUCAGACCGUCAAGAACUACUUCGCUCGCUAUGAUGCCCCAUGCCCGCCUAACACUAACCCUGCCGAACAUAUGAUUGACGUCGUCUCUGGCGCUCUGUCUCAGGGUCGUGACUGGAACCAGAUCUGGCGCGAGUCGCCGGAACACUCCAAGGCUGUCAGUGAACUGGAUGCCAUUGUCAGUGAAGCCGCCUCCAAGCCUCCGGGUACUGUCGAUGACGGUCACGAAUUUGCCAUGCCUCUUUGGAAGCAGACUUUGAUUGUUACCAAGCGGUCUUGUGUUGCUGUUUAUCGCAAUACGGACUAUGUCAACAACAAGCUCGCUCUCCAUAUCGGUUCCGCUUUGUUCAACGGUUUCUCUUUCUGGAUGAUUAAUGACCAUGUUGGGGCCGUCCAGCUCCGACUUUUUACCAUCUUUAACUUCAUCUUCGUUGCUCCCGGUGUGAUCAACCAAUUGCAGCCUCUCUUCCUUGAACGUCGUGAUAUCUACGAUGCACGUGAGAAGAAGUCAAAGAUGUAUUCUUGGAUUGCUUUUGUCACCGGUUUGAUCGUCUCGGAGAUUCCUUAUCUCUGUAUCUGUGCAGUAUUGUACUUCGUCUGUUGGUACUACACGGUCGGCUUCCCAUCCGACUCGAACAAGGCCGGAGGUGUUUUCUUCGUGAUGUUGAUGUACGAGUUCGUGUACACUGGUAUCGGCCAAUUCAUCUCCGCCUACGCUCCCAACGCCAUCUUCGCCUCGUUGAUCAACCCCCUGAUUAUUGGUACCCUCGCCUCCUUCUGUGGUGUCUUGGUUCCGUAUGCGCAGAUCCAGGCUUUCUGGCGGUACUGGAUCUAUUGGAUGAACCCCUUCAACUACCUGAUGGGCAGUCUGCUGGUGUUCACGACGUGGGACUCGCCCGUGCAUUGCAAGGAAUCCGAAUUCGCUCUCUUCGAUCCUCCGAACGGCACGACCUGCAAGGAGUACUUGGCCGAGUUCAUGAGCGGCAUGGGCGCCCGCAUGAAUCUGGUGGAUCCCGACGCUACGUCCAACUGCCGAGUGUGCGAGUACACGAAGGGCAGCGACUAUCUUGUCACCAUCAACCUGAAGCACUACUACUACGGAUGGCGUGACGCUGCGAUCGUGGCGUUGUUCGCCAUCAGCUCGUACGCUCUGGUCUACGUGCUCAUGAAAUUGCGUACCAAGGCCUCGAAGAAGGCCGAGUAAGCUGCUUCGUGAUAUCCCACCUCGCUUUAUCUUCUCUCCUCUUUUCUUCUUUACCCCGACCACAGCGAUAGCAACGCAGGCUCUGGUUGUCCUCAUUAUUCGCUUCUGUUCUGUGUUCUGGCUGCAUCUACACAUACAUAUUCCCCCAGAUAGACUCGUGUUGCAUUGCCGGAGUUUUCCUUUCUCUGUAUCGUCCGCCGUGAUCCGUGCAUCCUG